AUGGGUGUCCAAACCGUGCCAGAGGUCCAGCAGGAUCAGCCCCCCGAAAAGAUCAGUGGCUCAGUCAUCGCCGAGAAAUACGCCGAUGAGACGCUGCGAAUUUUUGAAGAGCAUGGAAAAGACUAUCCCCCAUUGACACCUGAGCGGGAGACACAAAUACGAAGAAAAUGCUACUGGUACGUGAUGGGGUUGCUAUCGGCCAUCAACCUCCUCUUAUUUAUUGAUAAGUCGACACUCGGAUACGCAGCUAUUCUAGGUUUGUUUGAAGAAACAGGCAUAAGUAAAGCUGAAUACAACAAUCUCGGCACCUUCUUCUACGUCGGAUACCUCGCAGCUCAAUGGCCCGGCCACUAUGCCAUGCAAAAGCUUCCCCUCGGCAAAUUCGUAGCUUCACUCGUCUUCGUAUGGGGGGUCACCAUCUUUCUCCAUUGCGUGGCCACAAAAUACGCUGGUCUUGUGGUGCUUCGUCUCUUGCUUGGUGCCAGCGAAUCUGUCGUCGUGCCCGCAAUGGAAAUGACAAUAGGGAUGUUCUUUAACCGCCGUGAGCAGUCCUUUCUGCAACCUUUCCUUUGGGCGACCUCAGCGGCGGCACCUGUCUGCGCUGCAUUCAUUUCCUACGGCUUACUUUGGAGUAAAUCUUCCAUUCUACCCUGGAAGCUCUUCAUGAUUGUCACAGGUGGUCUAUCUGUGCUGCUAUCUGGCGUAGUCUGGUUCUGGUACCCGAAUAAUCCUAGCCAAGCCAAGUUUCUGACCCUAGAAGAAAAAGUACAUGUCAUCCAGCGCGUGCACGAAUCGAGUCAGAGCUCCAUUGAGCAGAAACAGUUCAAGAAGUCGCAAUUCCAAGAAACCCUGCGCGACCCAGUAUCUUGGCUAUUCUGUCUACAGUCCUUCACACUCAUGAUGUCCAAUAACUUGACCUAUGGACAACAGAACCUGAUUACAAAGGCGAUUGGCGUGGACAGCUUGGGAUCAACCCUCGUCGCCGCUGCGGGCGGUGGUUUCGGAGUCGCAAUCUGUCUUGCCGGCACGGUUGCCCUGCGGUGGUGGCCUUCGAACCUGGCAUUUCACGGCUUCAUCUGGUGCGUUCCAGCAAUUGCCGGUGGCAUCGGCAUGGUCGCAUUGAAUUGGGACCAGAAGCUUGGUCUCUUGGCGUGUUUGCUGCUGGCGGGCCACACGUAUGGAAAUACAUACAUUAUUGCCUUGGGAUGGACUACUUCCUCUGCGGCAGGGUAUACCAAGAAACUGACCCGGAAUGUCAUGUUCAUGCUGGGGUAUAGUGUUGCCAACCUGAUUUCACCGCAGAUUUGGGUGCCGAGAGAUGCGCCUCGGUAUUAUGGUGCGUGGAUUGCCCAGAUUGUGAUUAGUUGGGUUGGCACGCCGGUGAUUUUGUUCAUCAUCCGACAUAUUUUGGUGAGGAGAAACGCGGAAAGGAGAGCGUGGGCUGAGUCGUUGACGGAUAAUGAGAGGAGGAGACUUGAGUUUGGGGAGGUAGAGCAUAAGGAUGAGGAUGGGAGUGUGACGAGGAGGGAAGUUCCUGUUGCGAUGCUGGAUUUGACUGAUUUGCAGAAUAAGUUUUUUAUUUACCCUAUUUAG